AUGGGCAGUCGAGCUUUUUCCCAUGACAGUAUUUUUAUACCUGAUGGGAGAACAGAAGGUGAACAGGCCAUCCAAGCAAUGUCACAGGAGAACGUUUUAGGAAAAGUCAAAACUCUUCAGCAACAGUUGGCCAAGAAUAUAAAAUUUGGGCAGCCUCCACAAAUGACAAUUUCUGUGAGGACAAUGGGGGAGGCAAAUGCUAGUAUGGAGGAGGAUGUCUUGCUCAGUAGCCCCAUGGAGGUUGAGACUCAAGAGGACGCAGGAACCUCAGACUGUGGUAAUAAAGCCACGGACAGUCCCGAUUUCUUGAGAACACUGAAUUUACCUGGAGUAGGACGUGAAGUGGAAGAAAAGGUCACUCCAGUCAAAUCAUCUCGGCCAAAAAGACAAUUUUCCUGUUCUGGCACAAUUGAAACAAUCAAUUUGGAUGCAGUUCCUCAGGCUGUUGCUCGUCUAGACAACAGUGCAGCUAAACACAAACUGUCAGUGAAGCCAAAAAAGCAGAGGAUGUCAAGAAAGCACAAGAGAUUAACAAAGGGAUCACAAAGUUUAACAAUAACAGAAUUUGAGCCAGAGGACCUAGAAACUCAGCUGUAUGGAGACAGAUACCCAGGUUAUAAUGGACACAUCAUAGCAGACAAACUAAGCCAGAGCAGAGAUGAGCAGAAGCAGAUUCAGCUGGCAGAGGAGAAAAGAUCUGAAGAUCACUGGGGGAUCGUUGAGGCCGAAAGGAUAAGGCAGAUUGUAGAAAUGGAAGAACAAAGAGAAAUGGAGGAACAAAGGUGCCAAGAACUUGAACAGAUGCAGAAAGAGCAGGAGAGAAGGCAUUGUGAAGAAGAGAGGAGGCAGAAUCUCUCUGAAGGAGAGACAGCUUUGAAAAUAGAAGAAAAAAAAUGCCAUAAAGAGGAGAGGAGACUGCUGGAGGCUGAAAAGAGACAGGAGCUGGAGGAGCAGAGGCACCAGGAACUGGAGAAGCAGAGGCAGAAGGAGGUGGAGGAGCAACAGCGACGAGAGCUGGAGGAGCAGAAACACCAGGAACAAGAGGAGCAACGGAGACAAGAGCUGGAGGAGCAGAAGCACCAGGAACAAGGGGAGCAACGGAGACAAGAGCCAGAGGAGCAGAAGCACCAGAAACAGGAGGAGCACGAGAGUCGAGAGCUGGAGGAGCAGAAGUGCCAGGAACAGGAGGAGCAACAGCCACAAGAGAUGGAGGAGCAGAAGCACUGGGAACGGGAAGAGCAGAGGCAUCAAGAGUUGGAAGAGCAGAAGCAUCAAGAAUGGGGGGAGCAGAAGCACAAGGAGCUGGAGGAGCGGAAGAGGGUAGAGCUGGAAGAAUUAAGGCAACAUGAGAUUGAAAAACUGUGUCAAGAGGAGGAAAGAAAUUUGAUGAAGGGACAAAAACCACUCCAGGAACAAAAAAAGGAAGAAAAACAGAGACGAGAGCUAGAAGAGAAAGAGCUUCAAGAAGAUGAAAUAAAGCUGAAGCAGGAGAAUGAAGCUGAGAGCAAAGAGCAGAAGAAACAGGAGGAACAAAAGCAGCGUUUUAAGGAGAAAGGAGAAAAGGCAGAGAAGGAACAAGCCCAGCAAGUAAUGGAUAAGAAAAAGAAACGAGAAGAGCAGAGGAGACACAAACUCACAAAACAAAUGCACAUGGAAAGUGCAGAGGGUCUGCUACAAGAUGAACUGAAGCAGCAAAAGGAACAAAAUGAACGAGAAUGGAACAAGCUAGAAGAGCAGAAGGUGGAUACAGGAGGAGAAAAUCUUCAGCAAAACCAACAAGAAAAAUCCUUGGAACAGCAACAGGACAAGGAACAGUUGUGUUCUGAAGGGGCUGAUAGGUAUCUGGUAGAGGAGAAGCUCCAAGAAGGAUCAAGAUCCCAAAAACUCAAACAGCCAGAAAAAGGGAAUAAAACAGCAGAAGAAGUCCUAGCCCAGAAACUGAAGAGGGAAGUUGAGGCUCAGGAACAGAAGCGAAUAGGGGAAGAACUUCGGUGGCAAGAAGUAGAUGAAAGACAAACUGCAUCCAGACCCUUCACAUUUCAAGUGUCUUCUGGAGACAAACAGAUUAUAUUUCAGAAAGUAAAUCUGAGUCCAGUCAUGCCCGUCAAAGGAGCAGGGCUCUCUUCUCCAUCCAUCAAAGACUGCGGGAUGCAUACAGCCAGCAAGGGCUCUCAUCCUCUCCCGUCAUCUGUGUGUGUACCCCAUACAGCUAUUUUGGUUACUGGAGCACAGCUGUGUGGCACAGCAGUUAACCUGAACCAGAUAAAGGACACCGCCUGUAAAUCGUUACUUGGCUUAACAGAACAGAGAAAAAAUGUGGAUAUUUCUUCGCCAGAGAAGACCCAGAAAAAAACCCAGGAUCCCAAACCCAGCAGCAGUAAAAUGAAAUAUGCACAGGAGUCAUUGAACAACCAGGCCGUGCUGGCUGAGUGGGCCUCCAUCCGCUCCAGAAUCCUAAAGAAUGCAGAGAAUGGCAAAUAUAAUGAGAGAGACCGAGUGAGUGUCUGCAGGCACAGUGACGACUGGACACCUCGAGGACGAGGUGCUCCCCAUGGCAACUUGAGGAAAACCCUCUCUGCAAAUGCGAAGUUCUCAAUAACGCCAGCGUGGCAGAAGUUUUCAGAAGCUUCAAGAACCAAUUCGGAUGCCCAGAAUGUAAACGUGGCAAAAGGCAAUGAAACAGUGGCUGUGGGGGGAAUCACUGGCUCACCUGCCGAUUCAAAGGAGGAUGUGGCUUCCACUUUUAAGGAUAACUUAGCUGAAAAGGCUAAGGAGAAAAUGGAAACCCGUAGUGAAACGACAGACAACACAGAAGGCUGUAAAUUUGCAAAAGAUCUCCCGUCUUUCCUUGUUCCAAGUUUUCCUCCUUCUCCGGGUAAUGAAUUGCCCCAGGGAGAACCUCCCAGUGCUCUGGAAAAUCAGCAGAGUAACAGCACGAAAAAAGCAGAUAAACCAGCACCAAACGGAGAAGAAAAUGUUUCUCCUUUUGGGAUAAAGUUACGAAGGACAAACUACUCUUUACGUUUCCACUAUGAUCAACAGGCAGAGCAAAAGAAAAAGAAAAGAUACAGUGCAGGUGAUAGUUUUGAUGGUGUGCCUGACCCACUAGUUACGACAGAAGGUGAGAAAGAAUCCACCGUUUUUGCUCCACAAGAGAGUACGUCCCCCGGUGUGGGGAGAGUGAGCAUCCCUGGUCAUUUAAAAGACUCGAAAGACUCUUCAAUUACUGUGGCGGAGACUUCACAGCCAGUGGGCACAUCAGUGUUUCCACCAGCCACUGGCCAGAGUGCUUUACCCCCUCAUGAGAAACCAGCGUGCAAGUCACUGGUCCCCCAGAAACCUGCUUUAGCUCCAAAGCCCACCAGUCAGACACCACCAUCGUCUCCUCUCUCCAAAAUGAACAGACCAAACCUAGCUGAGGCACUAGGGCAAAGGUUCAUUAAAGCUGAAUCAGAUGGUGGCUGGAGAAAAGAUGACAGAGCAAACGCAGUGCACCCCCCUCCAUCCAGUGAGUGCAGAAACGAAGAGGAAGAAAUCAGAGAAAAGAAGUCGUUUUUCCCAUCUAUAAGCAUUCCAUGGAGAGAAAAAAAUGACAAAAAGCCUGAGCCAUUGAAGAAAGAAAAGCCCGUCCUCCAGAGCAGGCACUCUUUGGAUGGCUCUAAAUUCAUGGAAAAAGUUGAGACUUCGCAACCGCUUUGGAUUACGCUGGCGCUGCAGAAGCAAAAGGGAUUUCGUGAGCAGCAAGCUACAAGGGAGGAGAGGAGACAAGCCAGGGAGGCGAAGCAAGCAGAGAAGCUGGCUAAGGAAAAUGUAAACAAUGCUGCUGUAAGUAAUCAGCCAGAUAACAAAAGCAGCAGCAGCAGCAGCAAAACAACCACACUGCAGAAAUCUACAACUCAAGAAGGGGAGAAGAAAAUUGAGACUGCUAUAUCAAGACUGGAAAGAAGGGAACAACUGAAAAAGUCAAACACCCUCCCAACUUCUGUGACAGUGGAAAUUUCAGAUUCUGUUCCAUCAGCCCCCCUGGCAAAGGAGGUGGCCAAGAGAUUCUCUACACCUGAUGCUAACCCUGUGUCAACAGAACCAGCCUGGCUUGCGUUGGCCAAGAGGAAAGCGAAAGCCUGGAGUGACUGUCCACAGAUCAUAAAGUAAACUGUAAAGUUACAUCUCUAUUGCUAUUAAUUACUUUAUUUAUUCAGCUUUUUACACAUAAAAAGACCCUGAAAAUGCAUGUAUUGAAGGACUGAAAAUUGAACUGAUGAUCAUUUUGCUCUCACUGUAAAGUCUACUCAAGUCAUAUAUUCCAUUGCUUUUACAAAUAGCUAAAUGAGGUCAUGGCAAAAAUUUCAGAGCCAGACUCUCAAAAAUUUAAGACUGCUCAGAUACUGGAUGUACAAUUUAGCAAGUAUCAUUAAGAAGGGCC